AUGGGGACUGCCAACUAUGGGAACCACGUCGCCAUCUCCUCUGAUAUCAGUCGAUCUGGCCACUGGCUACCAGCCUUGCGACCGGAAAUUCUAGAGACAUCUGAUGUGUCCAACGGCGUCGACAGCCUCGCGAACACGGUCGAGGAUCUCCCCACAGGCUUUGUGAAUGAGGAAUCUCACAUAAUAGCUCCAUCUUCAUCGCUGGCAGAUGGUGAAUCAGGAGGCGUCUCUGCGCAUGAGUUUCCCAAAAAGCCACAAGUAGAGAAGGAUAAUGAGCUCUCGCCUCAAAACAAGACGACCGGGACACCCAGCGCAGUAUCUACAACUUGGUCACCAGAGCCCGCAGGAUCGCACUUUGCGGACGAUGAACUCCCUUCGGAAGAUGAUGAUGAACGACUAGAUCCAGCCUGGGGCAUAGCACGAACUGAUACAGGUCGGAUUUUGGAAGGCGUUAACCGGUCGACAACAUUUCCGGAGUUCUCGAUUCCAGAUUCCCCCAACGAUGCCAUCGAUCAAGCCGCCCCUGACCCUGUGCUCAAGCCGCAUGACACGGUUUCUGACAUAGAAGAUAUCAACAUAUUGGAACAAGCAAGACUUCCUACAGAGCCACGGAGUCCCGAGUGGAUGAAGGAUGAACACAGAGGAACACGAGAGGCGCAUUCGUGGACUAUAUCAGAGCAGUCACCAGAAGUCGAUGAAGCAACUGAAAGAUUCGAAGAAGGGGUUCCUUUAAUACCAUUGGAGGAGCCAGCCGCAACUAUCUCCGAGGGGAAAGAAAAUCCAUCGUCAUUCGACUACAUGGCUACGAACGGCCCUGAUGAUGAAGAGACGUCGUUCUUCUCCCAGAUCAAUGGUAACGUUGAUCUUCCCCCCGAACCUCCAUCACUCGACCGCAAGUCCACGACUCAGGUCCUCAGCUCUCUGAAGUUUCCGACAAGCGAUGCGCUUGAUUCUCCCGCAGUGCAACACGAGCCUGAAGCGCCGGAGUCCUCUUUCUUCGAGUUGGUAGCUGAUCAGAAAGGUAUCGGAGGUCAUCCUUCUGCCGGAGAUGCUGAACCUGCCGAGAAUACUGAUGUCGAUGCUGCCGCUUGGGCUGCUGCACUUAACGAUGAUGAAUUCCUUGUCGAGGAUGCCGAUGACCUUCUUCCUGAUUCUGAGCCCGGCUCGCCCUCGUCUUUCGAGGCCGCUCUGCAACAAGAUGCCUCCUCUCUGGUUCAGGAUAACUCAAAUAUAUCAGGCACACAGGUUGCUUCGGAUCCCUAUGGUGGAAGACCUCAACCGCAAAGACAAACGUCAGUGAACCUGUACGCGCCUCAUCAACCAUCCACGGCCGAUAUGUUCCAGCUAUCUCCCAAAGCAGGAGCAACACACGAUCCCGUCGGGAUCUCUCGACCUGAGCUAGCACCACUGAAUUCUUUUCAAGCACAACCCCAACAGAGACCCUCAGUACAGCCGAUGAAGAGUUUUGUCGACCAGACGAAGGAUGGCUAUAAGUCUCCGUACGAUUUGCCUAUGGACAUCAGCAAGCCCAGAAAGAGAGCCCAUGCACCCGCGCCUGUUCAAGCAUCCACCAUAGUUGCGCCCCCUCCACGGAGCAGCAGUCUGUCCGACAAGCCCUUGCAAUCGCCGUUCGACCCAUCCAUGACUCCUUUAGCGCCAGCUAUGAACAUGCAAAAUCGAAGUGUAUCUGGUGUACCCUCAUCCGGGAAGUCAGAGAGGCCAAAGUCGGGCUCCUCGAGUUUUUUCGAGGAGUUGCCCAUCGCGGCCAAGCCUCGUCCAUCCAGUGGUCAUGGACGGUAUACGCCACAACAAAACAUCACUGCUUCUCCGCCUCAACAGCCUCCUCAAAGUCCACCUCGCGCUGCAUUUUCGCCUCCACAAGCGGCCCCGUCGCCGCCCAAGCCAUCGGAUCCUUAUGCUCAAUUUCAACUACGUGCCCCAGAUCGUAUGGAUCCUUAUGCCAAUGUUGCUCUCCAUCCACCCACUCAACCGACAGUAUCAAAUACCAGAUAUUCUCCUGCUCCCUCAAGUUCCUCGAUUGCAUCGGCGUCGCGUCCAGGACCUUCCCCUCGAUAUUCUCCAGCACCACCUCCCGCGGGGCCACCUCCCAAUACGCUGAACAGAUACGCGUCUCAACCAACAGUUCCGCCUGUCGCGCCCCAAGGAGCCCCCCCAGUGCCACACAGAUACGCCUCGCAGCCGAAUGUUCAUGCUGCAGCCCCUCCUCCUAUCUUACCUUUCCAGCCUAGGACAUCCAGCCCCUUGGCAUAUCACAAGGCUUCUAUUGACGAGAGCGCCAGCGAAGUUUCGAUCAGCCAGGGCCAAAGAGCAGGUGGGCUACUAAGACAAGUGUCUGCAGCCGGUGCUAUUCCAUCACAAUCAACAACAUCGCCCAGCAUUGACACCUCUUUCUAUGCCUCUUUGGCUAAGCCCCCAACCACCGAGAGAUUACCGCCUCCCCGACGAUCACAGACGCAGUCUCCGUCCAAACAACGCCCGCAAGCUGCAUUUCCCGCGUACCUCAGCGAUGUACCAAACCGCCCUGCAUCUGCUUAUGGUCAGCCAUUGGCUGAAAGGGCUACAUCAGAGAGCAUCCCACCAUCUCGGCCGCAAGCGGACGUUCGAGGACUAGCUACCGACCUUGAGUUUGUGCGACCCACUGAUGAGGCUCAAUUUGAUCUUCUGGAACGUUGGAAAGGCGCGCCAGUGUUCACGUUCGGUUUCGGUGGCUAUGUUGUCAGCACUUUCCCAAAGCACGUCCCGAGAUAUACUGCAGGAUCAGCAAGACCUCUGAUCAAGCCUGCCCCUGGUGAAGUCUUGACACGCAAUCUGAAAGAUGCCAUCAUGCCUCUGGAUGCAUUGGAUAACUUUCCUGGACCGUUGCGUGGGAAAGCGAAGAAGAAAGAUGUAUUGUCCUGGAUGUCCGACUACAUCAGUGCACUGGAGACGUUCAGGCCAGAUAUUGCGACAUAUCAGUCUGUGUCUGAUCCUGGCAGGCGUCACCAGGAAAAGCUGUUACUUUGGAAAGUUGUCAAAACCUUGGUUGAGCACGAUGGCAUCCUCGAUGGUACCGCCCUAAAGUCUGUGAACCUAAUCUUGUCCCCAGAAGUUCAUGCCCUGGACGAGCAAAAUGCCACCCAAUACCGAUCAGAUUCGCAAAUUUCUGGAAUAUACCGUCCAGCCGGCAACAGUGCCCGUAUAGAGUCGAUGGAUCCCAUGGCUGUUGAAACGUUACGAAAGCGCCUGUUAAGUGGUGACCGACAAGCAGCCGUUUUCCAUGCCAUGGACAAUCGUCUAUGGUCACACGCGUUGAUCAUCUCCUCGACAAUGGAGCGCUCGGUUUGGAGCCAAGUUGUGCGGGAGUUUGUCCGCCAGGAGGUCAAGACUGUGGGCGAGAAUUCCGAAUCAUUAUCGGCUCUAUACGAAAUAUUCGGCGGUAAUCUAGAGGAGAGUAUCGACGAGCUCGUGCCUCCUUCAGCUAGGGCAGGUCUGACAAUGGUGAGCAAGACUGACAGUACAGGUCCCACCAAGAAUGCUCUAGAGGGCCUAAAUCGUUGGCAAGAAACACUAGGCCUUGUCUUGAACAACCGUUGUCAGGGCGAUCAACAAGCCUUAGUGGUUCUUGGGAAACUCUUGGAAGACUAUGACCGUAUUGAGGCUGCGCACGUUUGUUAUCUGUUUUCGAGGAGUCCAGCCAGACCACCUAUCUUCGGUGGUAGUGACGAUGAUCAAACGCCUAUUACCUUGGUUGGCGCGAACCAUAAGAAACAACCCUUUGAUUUUGGCCGCGACAACGAAGCGAUAGUGCUCACAGAAAUCGUGGAAUUCGCAACAAGUGUGCUGGCUGCGGGUGCUACUGCCUCGUUCAUGCCCCAUCUGUCUGCCUACAAGCUCCAGAGGGCAAAGACUUUAGCUGAAAAAGGGCAAAAGGCGGAGGCACAGGCAUAUUGUGAUGCCAUUGCCGCGACACUCAAGUCGAAUACGAAGAUGUCGCUAUACUAUCAUCCGCUCUUCCUGUCCGAGCUGGAUGACCUAUCAAACCGGCUGAAACAGACACCAAUGCAAGGCUCUUCCUCAUGGCUAGGCAAGCCAAGUCUCGAAAAGGUAUCUGGCUCGGUCUGGAACAAGUUCAGCAGUUUUGUCGCCGGUGAUGAUAGUGAUGCAGAAUCCAAGGGUUCUGGAAAGGACGCGACUGACGCAGGGCCCUUCGCCAAUGUUGUUGGGACGCCUUCGGUAAGCCGGACAGGUUCACAAUCAGAUUUGUACGGAGCGUACAGUCAAAGCCUGCCUGCAACGAUCUCGAAUUCACGAUAUGCACCAAACGGACUCCAUUCCACACGCUCUUCGUCGGAUCUUACUAGGGGAAGACCAUCACUAGAUUCCCAGAGGUCCCCCCCAUCAACUUCUCAUUCCCAUAAUCGCCCAUAUGAGUCAAUGAACAUGCUCCAACAGACUGGGGCAGCACAUCCCUUCAAUCCUUAUCAAGCACUUGCAGCGGCCUCACCUCCAUCAUCAUUCCCGCAAAGCCCGCCCAGAUCUUCAUACAUACCCAACCACACAUUCGACUCGAUUCCGGAAGAUAUACCUCAACCGUCGUAUGUACCUACGCCUCCGGCCGAAGAAAUUACUCAACAGUCCUUCGGCUACCAAAAAGAUGCUCCUUCGACACGAAUGAAUGAAGGAAAAGUUGCAUAUGGUGGCUUUGAGCCACCUAGUCAGCACGAAUCUGCGACACCUCCCCAACAUGAUCAGGCCGGCGAAGGAGGCUUCGUCCCUCCUUCUCAGUCAUACAGCUAUGAACCUCCUACCGAAUCCGGAUAUACGCCUUACGUCCCGGAGCCUGAUUCGCCAGAGGACGAAAAGCCUAAAAAGAAGUCGUUCAUGGAUGACGAUGAUGAUGACUUCCCUAAAAUGGCGACUCGGUCACAGCCCUCGACAUCGCAGCUGUCUGCUGGUGGCGAAGACGACGCUGCACGAAAACGAGCUAAUGACGAGGCUGCUGAAGCCGCGUUCCGUGCGGCAGCGGAAGCCGAUGCGGCUCGAGAGAAGGAAAAGGCGCAGGCAAAGAGGUCCUCGUCCUGGUUCGGCGGAUGGCUGGGAGGUAAGAAGGCGGAGAACGGACUCGACAGUAGCAAUACUGGGGGUGCGGAGCCCAAGGUUUACAAGGCUAAAUUGGGCGAGUCGAAGAUGAAGCUGUAUUAUGACAAGGACUUGGGUAAAUGGGUGAACCCGGACAACCCAGAUGCUGCAAAGAAAACAGCAACACCACCUCCUCCCCGGAUGGGUGGAACUCCAGCGCCUCCGAUGGCUUCGGGAGGACCUCCCAUGGGUCCCUCUACCGGGCACACCUCGACUCCAAGUCUUCCGUCUAUGAGUGUUGGUCCCUUGUCUGGACCUGGCAGCCGAUCAGGGACACCUGCCAGUGGACCGGCGAUGCCAUCACCUCUGCCUGGUAUGUCCGGCCCUCCUAGUGGCACGGGUACACCCCCGCCAGGCCCAACUUCAAAUCCCGGGCUCGCUCCUCCUCGUCCAAGCACAGCAACCAGCAAUGCUAGCAGCAUCGAUGAUCUCAUUGGGCCUGCCACCGGCCGCAAAGGUGCUGGAAAGGGAGCCAAAAAGGCCAAAGGACGUUAUGUGGAUGUCAUGGCUAAAUAG